CCGGGGCGCCGCGGCGGGAGGCCGCGCCCGCCAUGGCGGCCCGGGCGGUGCUGGACGAAUUCACGGCGCCCGCCGAGAAGGCGGCGCUGCUGGAGCGGAGCCGCGGCCGCAUCGAGGGCCUGUUCGGAGUGAGCCUGGCCGUGCUCGGCGCGCUGGGCGCCGAGGAGCCGCUGCCCGCGCGCAUCUGGCUGCAGCUGCGCGGGGCGCAGGAGGCGGUGCACAGCGCCAAGGAAUAUAUUAAAGGAAUCUGUGAACCUGAAUUAGAAGAAAAGGAAUGUUACCCCAAGGCCAUGCAUUGCAUUUUUGUUGGGGCCCAGAGCCUGUUUCUGAAAAGUUUGAUUCAGGACACCUGUGCUGAUCUUUGCAUUCUGGACAUUGGGCUUCUUGGCAUCCGAGGAAGUGCUGAAGCUGUGGUCAUGGCUCGGAGUCACAUUCAGCAGUUUGUAAAGCUCUUUGAGAAUAACGAGAACUUACCCAGCAGUCACAAAGAAUCAGAGGUAAAAAGGGAAUUCAAACAAUUUGUUGAAGCUCAUGCAGACUGUUACACGAUGGACUUGUUAAUUUUACCCACUUUGUUGAAAAAAGAACUUUUGGCACUCACACAAGGUGAGGAGAACCUAUUUGAAACAGGAGAUGAUAAUGUUACUGAAAUCAGAGAUUCUGUACAAAGAGAGACUACACAGAACACUGCCACAGGUCUGAAUAUUUCCAGUGAUGAGGUAAUUUUGCAGGAAGAUGCAAGAAAUAAAGCCGGAACUCCUGUUUCUGAGCUUACAAAACAAAUGGACACAGUUUUUUCCAGUUCACAAGAUGUACUUUUUGUUCCGGUAAAUGGUUUAACUCCAGAUGAAGAGGCGCUUUCCACAGACAGAGUUUGUCACAAAAGGAGAUUUUCUGAUUCUGAAGAAAGACAUACCAAGAAGCAGUUUUCAUUAGAAAAUAUACAAGAGGGGGAGCUUUUACAUGAUGGUAAGUCACCAUCUGGAAAUGCAGGGAUUGACCUAUCUGAUUCUUCUGCUGAUCCUGAAAAUUUAAGUCCAGAUGUAAAAGACACUACUGAGGAAAUGGAAUAUAACAUCCUUGUGAACUUCUUUAAAACCAUGGGCUAUUCCCAAGAAAUUGUUGAAAAAGUAAUUAGGGAUUAUGGACCAUCUACGGAACCACUACUGCUUUUAGAGGAAAUUGAAAAAGAAAAUAAAAGAUUCCAAGAAGACGCAGAAUUUUCACUAGGUACUACAUAUACUGAAACUAAUAAAACCAAAAACAAAAGUGUUUGUAGCAGCAUAAGUGAGCUUACAGCAGAUUCUACUCCAAAGAAAACACUGUGUCACACACAGCAAAAUAUAGUAGAACGAUUUUCUCAUUUACCAUUCAAAGCAGAAUCAAAACCAUGUACCUCAAAUUGCAAAAUCAAUACUUUUAGGACAGUGCCAAUAGAACAGAAGCAAGAAAUCUGGAGUUCAAAUCAGAACUACACUUGUAACGUAGACCUGGAAACUGAUGGUCUUUCACCUUCUGUUGCCUCUUUAAGUCCCAAAGAAGUUAAUUUUGUUUCAAGAGGAGCCUCAAGUCACCAAUCCAGAAUUCCAGCUUUCCCUGAAAAUGGUUUGCAGCAAGGAGAUCCUUUGCUUCCAAAUAUGAAGUCUGCUUGUGAAAAUCGCUUGGGACAUUGUAGUUCUCCACAGCCUAAGCCAAACUGCCCACCCCUUUCUCCACCGAUGCCACUGCCCCAGCUGUUAUCUUCAGUUUCUGAUGCAAGGUUGGCAGGAACUUCUGAGCAUAUUGAUUCCUCAGUUACAGGGGUUCAAAGGUUUCGAGAUACCCUGAAAGUACCUUACAAGCUGGAAUUAAAAAAUGAACCAGGGAGAACAGAUUUAAAACACAUCGUUAUAGAUGGGAGCAAUGUUGCAAUUACCCAUGGUUUGAAAAAGUUCUUUUCUUGUCGUGGAAUUGCUAUUGCAGUUGACUAUUUUUGGAAGCUUGGCAACAGAAACAUCACUGUGUUUGUUCCUCAGUGGAGAACAAGACGUGAUCCUAAUGUCACAGAACAGCACUUCUUAACUCAGCUCCAGGAGCUUGGAAUAUUAUCUUUAACUCCUGCACGGAUGGUCUUUGGAGAAAGAAUUGCUUCUCAUGAUGACAGGUUUCUGUUACACUUAGCGGACAAAACUGGUGGUAUAAUUGUAACAAAUGAUAACUUCAGAGAAUUUGUGGCAGAGUCAGUGUCUUGGAGAGAAAUCAUUACAAAAAGGUUGCUUCAGUAUACCUUUGUGGGUGAUAUAUUUAUGGUUCCUGAUGAUCCGCUGGGAAGAAGUGGCCCUCGUUUAGAAGAAUUUCUUCAGAAGGAAGGCUUCCUUAGAGAUAUGCAGCCCCUGCUCAAUGCCCUGCCAAAUGUGGGCAUGUUUGACCCUGGCUUCCGAGGCCCUGGCGCCCAGGCAGCCAGCACCAGCCACCAGCCUCCAGCCCGGAUCCAGGGCAGCCCACCCAGCCACUGGCUGCCUCAGCAGUCUCACUUCCCUCUCCUGCCAAACCUCCCCAGUAUCCAGCAGAACCUGCCCCUGCCCGCACAGAGGUCUUCCGCAGAGACCAGCGAGCUGCGGGGAGCCCUGCUGAAGAUCUUCCCCGACUCGGAGCAGAGACUGAAGAUCGACCAGAUCUUAGCAGCUCAUCCGUACAUGAAAGACCUGAACGCGCUGUCUGCCAUGGUGUUGGAUUGAAGUCUGUCAGGAGCCGGCGCUCAGGGCUGAAGGUCACACUCAAGCUAGUGUCUGCAUGCAGCAGCCAGAAGCGAUAUAAUGUGAAGAAACCAAUUUCCAGUGGAAAUGCUGUUGUAGUAUAUAGAAGAAACAUGUUUUGUGUAUAAAAAAAAAUCUGGAUUUUCAGAACCAGCUUUUUUCUAUAUAUAAAUUAUGCUGCUAUUACAGAUUUAACAUUUUCUGUGAAAGGAAAGUCUACAUUUUCUGCCUGUUCAGAACUGUUUAAUAGCAGUUAACUCUUGAGUGUAUUUACAUUUUUAUGUUUUUUAAACUAUUUUCCUUAAAGCUGAAAAUAUUGACAAAUGGAUAAAAUUAGCCUUUCUAAAUAAAAAAAAAAAGAGUUGCUUUCUUAGGGAAAGCAAGACCUCUUAAAAGUAUAUUUUCUUGAGAUGACUAUGUCACGUGCACUAACAAGAAGUGUACUCACCCCUCCAAUCUCCUCCACCCACACCUCUGGAAUCAGGAGUCUGUGGGAGUCAGUUUUGCUUUCUUGAGGUCUUUCAUCGGAGCCAUUUGUGAGAAUGGACAAUGGGUGCCACUAGAUGGCACCUUGUGCCUAGCCAUUACUGUUGACCAGGGCCUUCCGGAAUGUCAGGGUCAAGAGAAAAUUUAGAGCCCGUAUAAUCAGCCCUUCUCCCCGCCCGUCCCACAGAAGGGAGAACUGAGGCUCGGCGUGCUUCCUGCCCGGGUGUGCUCAGGUCCAUGCCGGGCAGUAGCACACAUGUACAGGACCCUCCUCAUACUGCUCUGACACCUCACCACAUGCCAAGGCCUUGCUGGGCCCAGCCUGACUAGAAAUAUAGCUGAGUGUCUGAAGAUAGAAGUGAACUUGACAGCAUUUAGCGAACAGCCCCAUCAUUGUGAAAAUGAUGUCCCCAUAUGAAGUUAGUGCCGCUUUGUCAAAAAAUGUUUUUAUAUUCUCAAGAAUGACCUAAGCCAAUAAAUAGCAUUAGUAGCUUCUGUGGGGGCCUAAAGCCCCAUAUUUAUUUUUUCCUGUGUUUGUGUCUUUAGUGCCCUAAGCAGCCCCCUCUGUAAGUCUUUUUCUGAAUUGAUAUCUUAGUAUUACCCGUUUUCAGUGUUAACCGUAUUGUCGUUGAAGUUCUUUUUCCGAGUAAUCAGUUCAUCUUUACUCUUUUCUGAACCUCCAAAGGGCUUUGUGUUUUCUACCUGUUCUCUCUCCAGUUGCUCACCAUCACUUCCAUGUCUGCCCUGUGGAUCAUGUGUCUCCUGACCCCCGACUCAGCUUCUGAGGACUUGGUGCUGGUUUGUACUCCCAGGCUGAUGGCACUUUGUUUGCUCCGAGCAAAGCUGGGUGGCUUUCUGGGAUGUUCUCUCCAGGCGCACUGACUCCCUCAGAAGGAUGCAUUGCAGUCCCCCGGUGGUCAGACUUGUAGUUCAAUCAUAAAAAGUUGCAAUUUUCUCCUGGGGGCCUCAGGUGCAUCCUGUUAUGUAACUAUUGUUUGGGGGCUGGGUUGCACCGGUCACCCAUUGGGGAAGGGGAGGUGGGAGAUGUGAGGAUGACCAGGAAGUGACUCAGUCACAACUGGGUGCCUCAGCUUUGAAGCUGGUGGGUUUUUAACCAUAGCAAAGAUGGGAAGGCUUCUUUUUCUGAGUAGUUAAUUCUUAUUGCCUUGCCAUUACUCAGACCUUCUGGUUCAAGUUUGGCCCAGCCUAGCUUACUAAUCUAGCAAUUCUCCUCUGUUUUAGAGGGGUCCCAGGAAGGACCCAGAAGGCCCUUUGAUAACCAGUGUUUAACCCCUGGUUUUCCUGGUAGGAGGCUAAGGCUUCACUGAUACCAGCUGUUGCUGGCUAGGCCAAGAAGUCAAGAGUUUCUUGGGCUCAAGAAAUGACUUGACCUUGACCACAGAGUUAGGUAAGCUUCUGUGUUCUUGAUAUUAUUUCUGACCUCUACCCCUGCCCUCUCAGGUGUGAGAAGGAGGGAUGCAGAAAAUUAUGUGGGAAAAAUAUAGAAGAGCAUUAAUUACCUUCAUGAAUUAUGAAAUAUUCACCUUUCUGAAAUCUAUCAGGUUGAGUCCAAUUGAACACGUAAAAACUCAGUUUUCAAAUCAUUUAAAAGAAUUAAUUACCAGGGCCAUGGAGAGCUCAGAGAGCUGAACAUGGGCAGGCCUGGGUCCCCUCCCCAGCGCUGCAUGGUCCCUGGAGCACUGCCAGGAGUGAUCCCUGGGUGUUCCCCCACCCCACCCCUCUUCUCCCC